GAAAAAAUCAUUCCGCUUCGCUGUCUGUCCCAGCAAUAGUAAACAACAGGAGGGUCAAGUAUCUUUUUGGAGGGUAAGUAUAUCUGGAACAAGUUUUAACUACAUAUGGAGGACCCCAGCAAUAGUAAAAUGUUUGAUGAGGAUAUAGAUGAGGCCGAGGAAGAGGCUCUUCUAAAGUCGGAUGAUGAAAAUGAUGGACCAAAAACCAAUGUAUCUCUUUCAGUACUGCGACCACCUUCAGUUGUGGAACUAAUGGAAGAUAAUUCGUUAUUAAAUGGUCCCCUACCCAUUGAUCAAUUGGACAAUGGCGAUGAUGAAGAUAUGUCUUUGGAUAAGGAAAUCGAAAGUGUUGAUGUGGUAGAUGGUGACACUAAUGGUGCUGGGGAUAAAGCAUCAUCGGACAGUGAUGAUGAUGAGGAUGAUGAAGACGACGACGAUGAUGACGAUGAAGAGAUAAAAGCCUUGAAGGAAUUUCAGGCAAUAUUACAAGAGCUGUCUGUCAAUCAAUAUGCCUACGAUAAAUAUGUGCGAUUAUGUGAAUUGUCCCACACCACUGGUGAUUUGGAUAAUAUACGAAAGGCCUACACAACAUUUUCUAAUGUUUAUCCGCUGACCGCUGAGUUAUGGCAGCGUUAUAUUAGUGUGGAACUUACUCUGGCCCAAUCCGAGGUUGAAAUUCAACAAGUAAAGAAGCUCUUCCAAAGAGCUUUGAAGGAUUAUUACUCUUGUGAUCUGGCUUUAGAAUACGCCAGUUAUGCCCCACGUUGUGCCGACUGUGCUACCAUUUGGGAGGAAAUUUUGGGAACAUAUGGUCUGAAUUGUUAUAAAGGACAAGAAUUUUUCAAAUUAUAUCGCCAACAAUAUCCUGAGGAUUCAAAUAGAGAUGAAUAUGUGAAUAGCUUUUUAAAGGAGCUACGUUAUCCCCUAAAUAAUAUGGAAGAAAGCUACAUUGAAUUCAAAGUCUACUAUGAGAAAAAUAAGGAACACUUUUCUGGCAAGGAAGAUAUUGAUUGGGAGGAAAUUGAUGCUAAAUACUUCAAAGCCAAAGAACAUUUGAAGAAAAUCCUUCCGUUCGAAGAAAAACUACAAUCCUUGGGUACAAAUUUAUAUCGAGAACGUGCUGAAGUCUAUUUUGAUUACAUCAAGGAAUCGGAUAAAUUUUUAGAUGAAAAUGUCCUACAGACCAUAUAUGAACGCAUGGUGGCUGACUGUUGCCUCAAUGCUGAUUGUUGGCUUAAAUAUAUCGACUUUAUAGAUUAUCGAGAUGAAUUUGGCCGACCAAAGGAUCUACAAGAAUUGCCACUUUUUGAACAAACUCCAGAUGAAAUUUGCCUGAGGGCAUUGAGAAAUUGUACCUGGUCGCCGGAGCUGUACAUAAAACGUAUACAAGUAUUGGAAAAACUGGAAAGAUCUAAGACAGAGAUACAAGAAGUGUUGGAAAGUGCAGCAGUUGCUGGUUUCCAAACACCGGAGCCAGCAGUGGCUGUGUGGUUGGAAUAUUUAACAUAUUUAAGACGUCAUACGGAUUGGACAGAUCCCGAUGAAUGUGAUAUAAUGAGGAAAAACUUUAAUUUGGCAUGGACCAUUUUGGGCCAACAGUGGGGUGUACUGGCCGAUUGUAAUUGUGAGAUAUUGCAGUUUUGGGGACGUCUAGAAUAUGGCCCACUACAAGAUCCCAAAAAGGGCAAGGAAUUGUGGACCACAGUGAUGGAGAGUGCUGAUAAUGCUUUAAAAUCUGGUUUAUGGAUUGAGUUUGCUUUAUUGGAAAUGCGCAGAGAUUUGGAUGCAACAAGAAGACUAUUUAGUAAAGCCUUGAAUACACCCGGUAUCGACAAUCCCCUGGUAAUUACAUCGGCAUGGGAAAGAUUUGAACGUUGCAAUGGCAAUGUAAAGACCCUCAAUAAUUGUUUAAAAGAAUGCAAUAAAUUCAAGCAGGAAUACGCGGUACAGUUGACUAACUUUUCCCAGCAAAAGUCACAAAUAUCCACAGCAAAAGCCACCACAAAAAGAAAAUCUAAUACUCAGUCGGAAACUGCUGCACCGCCCAGCAAACAAGCCAAAGUUGCAGAAGAACAACAACAACCGUCCAAACCUCAAGUCCCGCCUGCAAAGAAGGAGGCAACAUUUAAGGAACAUGAAAAUCAAGAAAUUGAUCUAUCCAAAGAUCAUUUGCGCAUAUUCCUUUCGAAUUUGGAUUAUAAUUUAACAGAAGAUGAAAUUCGAGAAGAAUUGUCUGAAUUAAAUAUUGUCGACAUUGAACUGAUACGUUCUGGCAAUGGAAGGAGUCGUGGUUUCGGUUAUGCCGUCCUGCCCACUGAGGCGGAUGUGGAAAAGGCUUUGUCACUGGAUCGCAAAGAUGUCAGAGGAAGGCCAGUAUUCAUAUCCAGCGUGUUGAGGGAUAAAGAACAGCGACAAAAAUUCAAAUACUCAGCUGAAAUGGAACCACAAAAAUUAUUCGUCAAAAGCUUACCCAAUGAUGCCAAUCAGAGUGAAGUGGAAAACUUGUUCAAACCAUUUGGAAAUUUGAAAGAUGUGCGACUUGUAUACCAUAAAUCUGGUAAAUUCAAACAAAUAGCUUAUGUAGAGUUCGAACAAGAAGCAUCCGCAGGCAAAGCUGUUAUGGCAUUGGAUGGAACUGAUAUAAGAGGGCAUAAGAUAUCUGUGGCGAUAUCAGCCCCUCCGCCCAAACGCACAGCCGGUGCAACAACAAAUCCUUUGAAAAUGUUAGGCCUGGUCAGUAAGCGCAACAAAGUUUUCGAUCAGAAACCCAGAAUGUCGCUCAUACCAAUGUCGGUGCGAAAGAAUUUAACAAACAAGAGUACGGUGCCGACAACAACAACGUCAAAACCAUCCGAUGCCACUUUUGCUCCAACACCGGCACCCAAAAGUAAUGCAGAUUUUCGUAGAUUUCUAACGAAGUAAAUUUUGUGUAUUUUAACGUCGUCCUCAUCCUAAAUUUAUGUGUUUGAAAAUAUACUUAAUUUAUGUAAAUACCUUAUAUUUACACCAACAACAACAAUUAAUAAAAAUCCUAUAUAUUUUG